CUUAAUUCAAUCUUGAUCCUAAGUCGUGACGAAGUCUUGUAACCGACAAAAUGGACAGGACGCUGUUCGCCAGACAUGACAAUCCGACGCCGGAGUAUGACCCGGCCAUGCCUAAUGGCGGAAACUCUUUGGAUGUAGAUGUAAAUGCACAAUAUGCCGGCUACGAAUUCCACUAUGUCUACCUCGUCAUUUGCGGCUUUUUUGUCUGGAUGAUCGUUCCUGGUAUCGCUCUGCUUUACAGUGGUCUUGCCCGACGAAAGUCUUCGCUGUCUCUAUUGUUCCAAUGCUUCAUGGUCUUCGGCGUUGUCAGUUUCACUUGGAUGUUCUGGGGCUACUCGCUGGCUUUCUCCCGAACUGGGAACGCAUUCAUUGGAAAUUUGGAAUAUUUUGGACUGAGGCAUAUCAUGUCUGCGCCCUCUCCAGGAUCGGCCCUGAUUCCCGAAAUCGUAUUCGUCUACUAUCAGCAGCUGUUCUGUACCUGUACCGUCAUGCUCGUCAUCGGAGGCUCUUUUGAGCGAGGUCGUAUCCUUCCAUCAGCAAUUUUCGCAUUCCUUUGGACAACCAUUGUCUAUUGUCCCAUCGCAUGCUGGGUCUGGAACUCCAACGGCUGGCUGUACAAUCUCCCAUCGCUUGAUUUUGCUGGAGGCUCGGUCGUACACAUCAGUUCUGGAUCUUCUGCGCUUGCCUAUGCAUUUGUUCUCGGAAAGCGUAAGCAUAAGGGUGAUAAGAUUCAUGGGAAGCCGCACAACACCACGUUGGUGUUUCUUGGCACAGCUUUGAUCUUCCUGGGCUGGAUGGGCUUCAAUGGCGGUAGUGCGCUUAAUGCAACGAUGCGAUCAAUGAUUGCUGUGUACAAUACGCAGACUGCGGGAUCAUUUGGUGUGCUGGGGUGGGUCAUCGUGGAUUACGUCCGCACCAAGGGACAUUUUAGCGUAGUCGGAGCUUGCUCUGGCGCUAUUGCCGGUCUAGUUGGUAUUACUCCUGCUGCUGGUUAUGUAUCGCUCUGGAUUGCUGCGUUGAUCGGCUUCCUCACCGGCGUUGUGUGCGCCCUCUGCCAUAACAUCGACAAGUGGCUCCACAUCGACGAAGGAAUGGAUGUUUUCAAGCUCCACGGAAUCGGUGGAAUGGUGGGCUCAUUCCUUACUGGUAUCUUCGCUCAGAAGUGGGUGUCGUCUCUUGAUGGGUCCUCGAUCUAUGAGGGAGCUCUCGAUGGCGUCGGUGUUCAAGUUGGCCGUCAACUCGCAGAGAUUUGCGCCGUUGCGUCCUAUGCCUUUGUCGUAUCUUGCAUCUUACUCUACGGCCUCAAGUUCAUUCCUUUCAUGCACCUCCGUGUUAGCGAGGAGGCUGAAAUGAUUGGUCUUGACCUUGACCAGUUUGUCGACGAGCAGAUUGGUGACUGGAGCAUGAUGGAACAACACACAUACGAGGGGCAAGUUGGAGCACAGUCCAGCAGCCAUAGCAGCGUCAAGGCAACCCCUGAGGAUGCUGCUGCUAAGCAGGCAUAAGUUGGAUGUGAGAACGUGUGUGGAAAGACGUAGUGGUGCACGUGACAGGCACAAUGCGCCGGAGACGGAGGACUUCAGACGUUGUUCAUACUAGAAUGAGCUUUAAUAUGAGAC